AGAAAAGGCUGAAAACCCCUGGUAUAGCCAAAUACAUAGAUCAGUGAUUCGAAUCUCUGCCUUAGCUCAAAUGGACCAGGUAGGCAAAGGCGGGCGUUCAAAGCGAUCCAGCUAGCCCGUGUCCCUGCAGCCGACUUGUCAUGUGGAGGCCAGAUCCAGCAGGAGAAGCCCACAGAAAGGGGAAGGGAGAGAGUUCAGCAAAUAACUUGCAGUCCCGGCCGCCCGCCCCCUCGCUCUCCCAUGCAUGCUGUGUGCAGCUGAGCUGCUGCCGCUCGCUUUCCCGGCAGGCCCUGCUGGUGCCCUGCCAUCACCCAGCAGCCGCCGCGAUGGCAGGAGGACGGGAAAGAGUCGCUCACUUGCUGAGGCAGCUGCAGCGCGCAGCAUCCCAGUGUCCCGCUCAUUCCCACACUUACUCUCAAGCUCCUGAACAUGCUGCUUUGAGGAGAACAGACUAUGCUUUUGAGAUGGCUGUGUCAAAUAUCAGAUAUGGAGAAGGUGUUACUAAAGAAGUAGGCAUGGACCUGCAGAAUCUGGGUGCUAGAAAAAUUUGUGUGAUGACAGAUAAGAACCUCUGCCAGCUCCCUCCAGUAAAAGCAGUAUUGAAUUCCUUGACAAAAAAUAGAAUCACUUUUCAAAUGUACGAUGAUGUCCGAGUGGAGCCAACAGAUCAGAGUUUCAUGGAUGCCAUCACAUUUGCUAAAAAGGGGGAGUUUGAUGCCUAUGUUGCUGUGGGCGGUGGUUCUGUAAUAGACACUUGUAAAGCUGCCAACCUGUAUUCAUCCAGUCCUGAAUCGGAUUUCUUAGAUUACGUCAAUGCCCCCAUUGGAAAAGGAAAGUCUGUUACUGUGCCUCUCAAGCCAUUCAUUGCAGUUCCCACGACAGCUGGAACUGGAAGUGAAACCACUGGCAUUGCCAUUUUUGAUUACAAAGAACUAAAAGUAAAAACUGGCAUUGCUUCUAGAGCCAUUAAGCCCACAUUGGGUAUGAUUGAUCCUUUGCAUACAAUCCAUAUGCCAGAGCGAGUAAUGGCCAACGGUGGCUUUGAUGUGCUUUGCCACGCACUAGAAGCGUACACUGCUCUUCCUUACAAGAUGCGCAGUCCCUGCCCUUCAAAUCCAAUCAACCGGCCUGCUUACCAAGGCAGCAACCCUAUCAGUGAUGUCUGGGCUGUCCACGCACUGCGCAUUGUGGCAAAGUAUUUGAAAAGAGCUGUCAGAAUGCCAGAUGAUCAUGAAGCAAGGGCUAACAUGCACCUAGCAAGUGCUUUUGCUGGCAUCGGCUUUGGAAAUGCUGGUGUUCAUCUUUGCCAUGGAAUGUCUUACCCUAUUUCUGGCUUGGUGAAGAGUUACAGAGCAAAGGAUUAUAAUGUCGAUCAUCCUCUGGUGCCACAUGGUCUUUCUGUGGUACUCACCUCCCCCGCAGUAUUUACUUUCACAGCAGAGAUGUGCCCCGAACGGCACUUGGAGGCUGCAGAGAUACUAGGAGCUGACAUCCGCACUGCCAAAAUCAAAGAUGCUGGGCUUAUUUUGGCAGACACGCUCCGGAAAUUCUUAUUUGAUCUGAAUGUUGAUGAUGGCUUAGCUGCAGUUGGUUAUUCUAAAGCAGAUAUCCCUGCUUUAGUCAAAGGCACUCUCCCUCAGGAGAGAGUGACUAAACUCUCACCUCGUCCCCAGACCGAAGAAGAGCUAUCUGCCCUGUUUGAGGCAUCCAUGAAACUUUAUUAGUUUAAAUAUAUUGCACGUUCUUUAAUAAUAAAAACUAACAUGGUCUAAACCAGUUCAGGUAAUGAA